GGUGCCCGAGGAGUUGCUCUGGACAGACUUCUGCUCGCUUUGCCUGGAAGCCUUAUCUACCCGCCCCUUAUCUCCUAGUUAUCUUGCAAAGGGAGAGACGUAUUUUGUGCCUGUCUGCAAGGGGGGUUUGUGUGUUGGGAUUGCUAUUCAUGUGGUUAUCUUAAGAGCCCCGAGGUGGUUUGGGAAGCUCAGAGAAGGAAACGUGCGCGUCCACUUUUGUUGCUUGAGCGGCUGACACUUCCCCCUUCUCCAAACUCUGUCUUUCGCUUUCUACCCUUCUCCUCCGAGGACUUGGGGCUGGGCUGGGCUGGGGGUGUGUGUGGCCUGUUUAAUGCUGGCUGCUCCCGCUCGCGGUGUGAUCUCCGCCGGGGGCCCCAAGUUGUCUGACGUGCCGCAGUUUGCGUUUGUUGACUGUGGAUUGGUGCCAUUUCCAAGGUGUGCUAUUGUGGGGCUGGACUUGCAACUCCAGAGGCCCCGAGUAAGUGGCGCAGGCUGGCACCAGCUUCCUCCGAAAGAGGCUAGACGGGGACCUGGAUGGCCCUGACUGACGGCGGCUGGUGUGUGGUGAAGCGGUGCGGCGCGGACGCUGGCGACUCCUCCUGCCCCUUCCCCGCCAGGGAGCCGGGCCCCUCUCCUCCUUCGCCGGCGUCUUCCUCCUGCUGCUCCCCGGGCGAGCGCGGCUCCUCCAAGACUCCUCAGCACGAGCCCGAAGGGACCCGGCCUCCUCCUCCCGCCGCCGCCGAGGGCAGGUCCCUGCUCGCCCCCUACGUGCACUUCGGAGCCCCCCACGCGCCCAGCCUGCCCAGCUGGGAGGACAUCCUGCUCUUCACGGAUUUAGACCAGACCAACAAGCUGCUCUGGUCCAGCCGCGGCUCCAAGCUGAGCCCCUUCGGCGCCGAACAGCCCGAGGAGAUGUACCAGACCCUGGCGAUCUCGGCCAGCCAAGGGCCGCCGGCCCCUUACGAUGGAUCUGCCGGCAGCUUCAUGCACUCCACGGCCAGCUCCCCGGUCUACGUGCCCACCACCCGCGUGGGCUCCAUGCUGCCCACCCUCCCCUACCUCCAGGGCAGCGGGGCCGCCCAGCCCAGCCACCCGGGCAGCAGCCACUCGGUGUGGCCCCAGUCGGCCUCGGAGAGCCCCUCGUACAGCAAUGGCAGCGGCUCGCAUCCCUCCGGCCGCUUCCCUUACUCCCCCAGCCCGCCCAUGGCCAACGGGGCCUCCCGAGAGCCGGGGGGCUACAGCAACAGCCUCAAUGCCAGGGACCAGUACAGCCCGCUGGGCAGGCCUCUGAACGGAUCUUACCCCGGCCACUACCCCUCCUAUGUGGGACCCCAGCUCACCCCCGCCUGGCCCACGGGACCUUUUGAGAACUCCAUGCUGCACUGUCUGCAAAGCCGAGCCACCCCGAUCCCGGUGCGGGCUCCCAGCGCAGAUCUGCUGGAAGAUCUGUCCGAGAGCCGGGAAUGUGUGAACUGCGGCUCCAUUCAGACUCCUCUGUGGAGAAGGGACGGCACCGGCAACUAUCUGUGCAACGCCUGCGGGCUGUAUACCAAAAUGAACGGCCUAAGCAGGCCCCUCAUCAAACCCCAGAAGAGAGUGCCUUCAUCGAGACGGCUUGGUUUGUCUUGUGCCAACUGUCACACCACAACCACAACUCUGUGGCGUAGGAAUGCAGAGGGCGAGCCAGUAUGCAAUGCCUGUGGUCUUUAUAUGAAACUUCACGGGGUUCCUCGGCCUCUUGCCAUGAAAAAAGAAGGAAUUCAAACUAGAAAGCGAAAACCAAAGAACAUAAAUAAGUCAAAGACGUGUUCUGGUAACAAUAAUAACGCAGUUCCUAUGACUCCGACAUCCACGUCUUCUACUAACUCAGAUGAUUGUAGUAAAAAUGCUUCCCCUAGCACACAAACUACAGCCUCUGGGGCGGGUUCUUCAGUGAUGUCUGGCCAAGGAGAGAGCACCAGCCCUGAAGGCAGCACACUCAAGUAUUCAGGUCAAGAAGGGCUGUAUACAGGAGUCAGCCUGACCUCCACAGCUGAAGUUACAGCAUCGGUGAGACAGGAUUCCUGGUGUGCCCUAGCUUUAGCAUGAUUCCGAGAAGAUGAAGCUGGAUACCUGCACUGGGCUGCAGCCUUUAGACGUCCACACUUGUUUUUGUUUUGUUCUAUUUUAUCAGGCAGUCUGAGCAGCAGGGAGAGUGCUGGCUAGAACAUUCCUCUGAUGUUGUUUUUGUGCCUUAAUGAUAGAGGUGUUUUUUCCAAAGAGGUUCUGCCUUAGCAUCCAGCUCCUCAUCUAUGCAAGAAAAACAAGGGAAAGUGAACCUCUCCCAGGGUAAAAUGAAUACAGCCAAAAAGAGCACCCUAGAGCUUUUGUAAGGUUCCAGAAAUACAUCUUCAAGAAAUCCAGCAAUGCUGCCUUUUUGAUUGUAUGUUUGUUUUCACUCUCUCACCUCUCCAAAGAAUUUGAUUGGUGUAGUCAUCUUUUGGGAGGGAGAUAAGGGAAGCAUUUGAUAAGGGAUAGUGAGAUAAAUUUAAGAAAGCGCUAAUGUGCGUAUUGCUUGUGCCAAUGCACACAUCUUGAACUAAAUCUUUGAUGCCCUCUCACAGGUCAGUUCUCUUGUUAGCACUGUCUGUAUCCGGUAUGCCUGCAUUACUCUGUCAUUUUCCUGCAUCAGAGUUCAAGUACACCCCUGGAGGAAAUCACAAUGUUUGGUACAAGUCUCUCAAGGUCGAGUCAGUUAAUGAGAUCUUUUGUUUUAAAAUAUUUACUCACUUUGCAAGACUGCAUUAUAACUUUUAAUGUACACUGUGACUGAGGUUUAUGAAAGUUCAUAUUUUGUGACUGAACUCUAUAUAGUCAGUCAGAAUUUGUAAACAGGGUAGCAAUCAGAUAUUUUUCUUCCAUAUAUAAAAUAAUUUUUUUUUUAAAAAAGAAGUGCAAUUUGCGUUGCAGCAAUCAGUGUUAAAUCAUUUGCAUAAGAUUUAACAACAGUUUUUAUAUGAAUGAAUGAAUGUAAACAUUUUAACUUAAUGGUACGUAAAUAAUUUAAAAGAAAAAAGUUAACUAGGCAUCCUUAUGCUUUUUUUUAUUGCAGCAAAAACAUCCCACUUUCUGUAUUUCCAGUUGUUAAAACACAGUUUUCAAGAACAAACCUUCUCUCAGGAAAAACACCCUUAUCCAUUUGCUCAUAAGUUUUGUGCAGAAAAGCAAACGCAUCCCCAGUGUUUUGCCAUUGAAUAAGUAUGUGCUGGAAAGAUACAAAUUGCAAUGAAACGUUACUACCUAACUGAUACAUAUGGAAAUACUCCAUACGAUGUUGAGGCAUCUUUAAGAUUUAGGGUGCAAUCUGUAUAGUGACUGACCCAUAGUUAGGUUGGUUUACAUUGUUUUUUAAAUGGGAUGUCAUUUGGAAAGUUGUUCUUUCAUCAGAGCUUUACAAAUAAAAGGGUAUUGUUUUUUUCUGUACAAUGAGACUUCUCCUUUGUU